AUGGCAGUCCCCUUCCAACUCACGACCGACGGCUUUGAAAGACAAUGGCAAACCAAUCACCUUGCCCCCUUCUUGCUUACCAAAACACUGCUCCCGAUCGUCGAGUCCACGGCCGUCUCUAGCAGUUCCAAGAACCGUGUCCGCAUCAUCAACGUCGCAGAUGACGCAGCGCUGCUACCACCUGCUCCCAAGCUACUGGACCUGGCACGUCCAAACCUGGAAUAUGUUACCGGUGCGAUGAACGGAUGGAAACGUUACGGCCACUCCAAAAUUGCCUCCAUCACCCACGCGCGCGCCCUACACGACCGCCUUCACGGCAAGGGCAUAUCGGUCCACCCCGGCAUCGUGGCGACAAACUUGCAGAGCGCGGACCCCAGCCUCUUCGGCAGUUUUGUGCGGCAUAUGGUACGCUGGUACGUAAAACCUUGCUUGCCUGCCUUUCCUUUCCCGACUCGUUUCCUACACCACAGCCGCCAGAAGUUCUGGGGGAACAAACCAUUCUCUCCGUCAUCGUUAUCAUCGACCUUUAUGUCUCUUCCUAGACCCUACCCAUCUUAUAUCUCGGCCCGACGGGGCGACGUCGACGCUAUUCUGCGAUACCGGGGAGGAGGUGGGGGAUAUGUUGCGCCGUUCGGGAAGCUGGGCAAGAGGGCCGAUUGGUGGAAUCAGGAUGAGGGGCUUGUGGAGGAGCUGUGGGUGGAGAGCGAGGGGAUGAUCAAGGGGGCUGGGUUCUGA